AUGCCCGUACUACUUCUUCGAGAAGCCUCCACCUCAAGCUCACUGUCAGCCUUGGUGGAAAAAGCCCAAAAACGCACAGCACCUCUACUAGAGUACCACUUGCAGCUGCAGAACGGUCACUUGAACCUGGUGCGACUCUCACACAGCACCAAACUGCCCCACGUCAACUCGCAAGCCGAUGAAGGCUUCGAAAGUGACAUAGACAACCUCUCUCUGGUUUCCAGCGAUAACGAUAGCUUCACUGAGAAGGCCGGCACCAAGAUCACCGAAACAGACUCUGCAAAUGGCUCUUCAGACUCUGACACCGAAGCUAGCGAUCUCAAAGCUGCGGAGAACGCUCUGGAGAAGCUAACUGCCAGCGACCAGGUCAGAGAGAGCUUCAAUCUAGUCGACUGCGUUUGCUACACUGACGUUAAGUGCAACGACAUCCUGAUUUUCGUCAUCAAAAAUGAAGCACUCGUAUUCAGGUUCGACAACGUCACGCAUCUGCAAAGCUUCUACAGAAACUUCACCGCUUUAAAAGCAGUAACGAACCAGAAGCUUUACAACAAAAAUUUCGCGACAAAGUUCAGUUUGCUGCAGCGUACUGACCAAAAUGGAGUCACCCACAUUGAAAUUACCAGGGAACCGGAACCUAGGCACUUGAAAAGUGAAGAACAAGAUAGAGUAGAAUAUUCUAGGUAUAGAAACGAUGAAAUCAAAUCGAGUAUAGGAAAAUCCAACUCUAUCGAGAGUAUAUUGGAUGUAAACCCCACCAGCAGAAUUCUAGUCAACGAGAACAGUCUGAGGAAGGUAUGGAACAGUGCUGAGGAUCUUUUGGAGCCACCGAAACGUCCUGUGAGAAGGAAAAAAGGCAAAGCGCCGCAACCCCCUACAAUAGAAAAACAAGAUAUUUACAGUGGACAAUACGUAAGAGUAAACGUCAACUUUGAGCCCAGCUCUGAAUUAGACCAACAUAGACUCGUCAUAAAGAGUUCCUUGAAUGAACCGCAUCCCAAAAAGUUUCAAAGCUUUACUUCCUUCCUCAAGUCCAAAGACAAACAAGUGUUGAAGUACGAGCCUAAGAAGCUUGAUAAUACUAGCAGUUUAGGCAGGACCAAGUUGGUUUUGGAUAACAGCUGGACGAAUUCAGUACCGAGGAUGCUGAAAAAGCCUAGGGCGAAAGCAGAAACGAAAAAUUUCGUGCCUAUGGCCUACAGAUAUAUAGAUACUACUCAAGAUUAUCCUGUUUCUUACAGUGCCAAGCCAGCAAGGGGUUUCGGAAGCACUUCAAGCCUAACUUCAAAUCAGAAUAUCAGUAAUAGACUGUUUGGUCUUAGCUCGAAGCUGAGAGAUUUUCCUUCAGAAGAUAGCAGAUGGACUGAUAUGUACGGUGUCGGAAAGGAUGUUAAUUUGAAAAGUGUGAUCAAAAAUGGAAAAGAAGAUCAAAGUAGGAAGAAAAAUGAAAAAAAAGUAACUUUCAGUGCUUAUACGACUGUACAAGUUGUGUGA